CACACCCUCUACUCCGACUACAAUCAGAACCACACCCUCUACUCCAACUACAAUCAGAACCACACCCUCUACUCCGACUACAAUCAAAACCACAUCCUCUACUCCGACUACAAUCACCCCAAAGCCGCCUUGCCCCAAUGGAAAGAGAGUCGUCAAACCGGCCGCAUCAAUACAAGAGAAGACUAAACUUUGCGGAAUUAAUUGCCCCAUGUCACGUGGUCCCCCUAUCGCAUGGUGCCCUUCUCCAAAACCGGGGUCGCGUCAACCGGAACUAUGAAAAGAGGUUGGACAGACACCAACGAAUUUGUCGAAUGUUUGGCAAAUCCGUACGGAAAUUUUGCGAUAGACACCCCGGUCUACGAUUGCUUCGGAAAUUGUCACAUUGAGCGGGAUGCUUUAGGUCGGUUUGCAUUCUCAUUACAUGGGAAACGAAGAUUAAGAAAGCACCAACACAACGUCGGCGAAUUCUCCUUCGAAUUUGAAUGCUUCUCCGAAAACGUGCACAGCCCGUACUUCAAUCCUUUAGAAGUUUGUGGAAUCCCGUACGCGUACACGCACAUGUUGUACGACUACUACAUUUCAAAUCACAACCGGAAUUUUGCGAUAACAACGCUGGGCAAAAUGUUCGCAGCGUUCCCAAAUAAUCACAAGUUUGACGUCGGCAAGGCGGAAUGCGGGAGGAACGACUUCCACCUGUCCAACCCGACGGAACAUGACCAUUUGGCGGUCAAAGUCAACGUUACGUAUAAGCAAGUCGAGUACUCUAUUUGGCGCCUCAUCCCCUACAGUUUCGUGUAUAGCGGGGUGAUCGGACUCCCAGUUCCGUUUUGGUGGGAAGGCGAAGUUUGGGAAUCUGCCGGUUUCCACCAGGAACCAGUCCAGGAGCGAAGUGACCGCCUUUUUGCAUACCCCUACUCCUACAUGGAGCCAAUCUUUACCUCGAGAAAGCACAAGAACAAGACAAUCGACAGGUCGGCCAUCUCCAGUUUUGGAAUGCAUGAUUGUUUUGGUAACCCAUUGGAUCAAUUCGACGACUGCGGUGGGCUUCCGUUUUGGCUCUUUGAUCACCGAGUUUUGCGGAAGCCGGAGAAAGUUAGCGUGGCUGCGGGCAAAGGCAAGUACACGUGUUGGGAGUCCUGGAUUCCUGGGUAUACUUGCGGCGUCCCGUCAAAGGAGGACAAAUUAAUUGAGCAUGUUUGUGAAACUUGGAGAAUUUUCGUGUCUAGACGUCGUUAA